AUGGCUGACACCAAAGUCUACCGUGCUGGCACCACCGCACCCGUCAACAUUGCCGUCGUCAAGUACUGGGGCAAGCGUGAUGCCAAGUUGAACCUCCCAACCAACAGCUCCAUCUCCGUCACACUCUCCCAGGCCGACCUUCGCACCCUGACGACCGCCUCGUGCGCGACCGCCUUUGCCGAGGACAGCCUCACGCUCAAUGGCGAGCUCUCUGAUAUUUCGGGCGCCCGAACGCAAGCGUGCUUCCGCGAGCUGCGCGCCCGCCGCGCCGCCCUAGAGGCGUCCAACGCGGCCCUCCCCAAGCUGUCGACGAUGGCCCUCAAGAUUGUCUCGGAGAACAACUUCCCGACUGCCGCUGGUCUCGCCUCCUCGGCCGCCGGCUUCGCCGCCCUCGUCCAAGCCAUUGCCAACCUCUACGAGCUCCCCGACUCUCCCGCCGACCUGUCCCUCAUCGCCCGCCAAGGCUCCGGCUCCGCCUGCCGCAGCCUGUUCGGUGGCUACGUCGCCUGGCGCAUGGGUGACAAGGCAGACGGCAGCGACUCCAAGGCCGACCUGGUCGCCGAGGCUUCCCACUGGCCUAGCAUGCGCGCCCUCAUCCUCGUGGCCAGCGCCGCCAAGAAGGGCGUCUCCUCCACCUCCGGCAUGCAGCAGACCGUGGCCACGUCGGGCCUGUUCAAGGAGCGCAUCGAGCGCAUCGUCCCCGACAACAUGAUCUCCAUGGAGGACGCCAUCCUCAACCGAAAUUUUGCAAAGUUUGCCGAGAUUACCAUGCGCGACUCCAACUCUUUUCACGCCUGCUGCGCCGAUACCUUCCCUCCCAUCUUCUACAUGAACGACGUCUCCCGUGCUGCCAUUCGCGCCGUUGAGUCUAUCAAUGCCAAGGCCGGCAAGACUAUUGCUGCUUACACCUUUGAUGCUGGCCCCAACUGCGUCGUUUACUAUCUGGAGGAGGACAAGGGCGCCGUUCUUGGCGCAUUUUCAGAGACUCUGGGCAGCACUUCUGGCUGGAAAGCUGGCGUCGGCUCCCAGUCGGGUGUCCUGGAUGAGACUGUCGCUGAAAUCCUCCGGGAUGGCGUGACUCGUGUUAUCAUGACUGGUGUCGGUGAGGGUCCUAUCAAGACGGAUGAGUUUCUGAUUGAUGCCAACGGCGAGACUGCCAAGCGAUAA